GAGGGAGGCAGUUCCUGGCAUUGGACUGAAGGCGAGGCUCAUCUCUGCCCUUUACCUCCCUUUGAAUUCCAGAAUGGCUUCUACCACUGACGUUAUUCAGAAUUAUCAAAGCAUGUUUGCUUAUCGAUAUACUGAAGAGGAUAAGGAAUAUCAGAAAUAUCUUCAGCAUUCUGCCAUUCCACCUCCUCUAAUUGAAGACUGGAUGAACAGUGAACCAAGCGCGCCGUCUGUGUUUGAGACCCUCCAGAAUUACAAAAAUAAGUUUGCCCAUCGAUUCACUUCGGAAGAUGAGGAGUAUCAGAAGUACGUUCAGCGCCCUGCUGACCCACCUCCCUUAGCGGAGGACUGGCAAAAUAGAUUGGGUGGUCACCAGCGAUACAGAGAUCGCGAACCAAGCACGCUGUCUGUGUUUGAGACCCUCCAGAAUUACAAAAAUAAGUUUGCCCAUCGAUUCACUUCGGAAGAUGAGGAGUAUCAGAAGUACGUUCAGCGCCCUGCUGACCCACCUCCCUUAGUGGAGGACUGGCGAAAUAGAUCGGGUGGUCACCAGCGAUACAGAGAUCGAUUUAGAGACAGCCACCGAAACAGGGGACACGGCUAUGACCACCCAGGAGGCUACAGGUCUGAUCAGUGGCACGAAAAGGGCUACGGCACUAACUAUCAGCAGCACCAACACGGACAGCCUUCCUUUCCUCAACAGGGCUGGCCACCACGCGGCUACGGAUCCUAUUUCCAGGAGCCGCGGUACGGCCGCUACUAGCAGGCCCGCCUGCCUUGGCAUCUCAGUGUCGCAGUGAGACGCUGCAAGGUUCCAAAGGCCACUUUUGUUGUAUUCUGUUUCAAAUGUCCAGACAUCCCGUAGAAAUCUGUAUGUAUUUGUAUGCAACGCGUUUAAUCCAGGAGACGGUGACGUUUAAGGGUGUAGUAGCUAAGCUGUGAGUUUGCUACUCAGCUGCUUUUUUUAUUAUCUUGACCUCUUUAAUUCGGGAGAAUUUGACUUUUGCCUAGGGGAGCCGAUCUUCUCCGAGUCCUGAUUUGUGCAGUUUUGUCACUAAUGAGGAACACCGUGGUGAACAUCAGUAAUAUGUCAUGACAGGGGAGAAAAUAAUACUGGUUGCAGUUCUGUUUUUAUUUUGUUUAUGCUCUGGCUUAUUCCUGUGUUUAUCUGUGGAGGGCGAUUACCCUUCCGGUUUAAUUUGCAAGCGAUUAAGCUCAAAUGUCACACAAACAGGGAGAUAAUUGUAAAACAUUGCUGCUCUGAAGGCCUCUUUCUGUUUUUGCAUUAAAGCGAAAUUCGUUAGAAUUAAA